AUGCCAAAGAGUCUUGAGAAGACACAAAAAAAAAUUAAUAAGAAGAAAGGAAAAGUAACCGCUCUUCAUGAAAACUCAAGGGAUUCUCAAAGAUUGAGGAGGGCCCAAGGGCGAGAUGAUAAGCUUGUUAGAGUCGCAUCAGCAAGGAGGAAAAACAAUCGCCCACUACUGGAGCGUGCGGUCUUCUUUCAAGAAGCAGCGAGACGGAACGAAGGGAAGCCAUUGGAGCUGAAGGCUAUACAGGCUCUAAUUGAUUCGAGAUUCGUUUCCCAGUUUGACGAAGAGCUCUGUCAGUUGAAAAAAGACCGGCGACCCGGUCGACCAGCCAGCGCACGAGAAGAUCUAGUAAAGAUGAAGAUUGAUAAAAGUGGCAAGGAGCACCGAGAUGGGUUCUAUUUACCAGACUUGAUGGAUGAAACCAACCUCCUUCAUCUAGACAAGUGGCAGGGAGAGUGGUCAUAUCUCUCGAAUUUGAAAUGGGUUCGAAUAUCCCAAGAUGGCCAAGUACUGGAUUCCAAAUUCCCACCAAAGGGAGAAGCUUAG